GAUCAAUAGCACAAACAUCACAGCAACAACUCUUCCAAAAACACUUAAGGUAGCCAUUUGAAAUGGCUUCUUAUGUGGUAUCUAUCUCUUCAAUCACCCUCAUCACCAUCUGCAUACUCUCCUCAGUUUUAUUACCUCCUUCUGCAGCAGCAGCAACUGUGCAUCAGGAGGACCCAGCAGCAAGACCCUUCAACAAGAUAUACGCCUUCGGCGACUCCUUCACGGACACCGGCAACACCAAGAACGCUGAAGGUCCUAGCGGCUUUGGCCAUGUAUCAAACUCUCCCUACGGCACCACUUUCUUCAACCAUUCCACCAAUAGGUACUGUGAUGGAAGGCUUGUGAUUGACUUUGUAACAGAAUCACUUUCCUUGCCGUACCUUCAACCUUACCGUCACAGCAAAAAAAGCAAUGACAGUACUUUUGGUGUGAACUUUGCUGUUGCUGGUUCCACAGCAAUAAACCAUAUGUUCUUUGUCAUGAACAACCUUUCCCUUGACAUCACUCCUCAGAGCAUCCAAACACAGAUGCUGUGGUUUAACAGGUACCUAGAGAGCCAAAAGUGUAUAGGAGUGGAAUCAAAGUGUAAAGAUUUUGAUGACACUCUUUUUUGGUUUGGUGAGAUUGGAGUCAAUGACUAUGCCUACACUCUUGGAUCUUCAGUCUCAGGUGACACCAUAAGGAAGCUUGCAAUAAGCACAGUCUCAGGAGCUUUACAGACAUUGCUUCAGAAGGGUGCAAAAUACCUAGUUGUGCAGGGUUUGCCACUAACUGGGUGCUUGCCACUGGCUAUGUAUCUGGCUUCUGAAGAUGACAGGGAUGACAUUGGAUGUGUGAAAAGUGUCAACAACCAAAGCUACACUCACAACCUUGUGCUGCAAGCCAAAUUACAGGAAUUCAGGAAGCAGUACCCAAAUGCCACCAUAGUUUAUGCUGAUUACUGGAACGCCUACCGCGCUGUUAUGAAGAAUCCAAGCAAGUAUGGAUUCAAAGAGGUGUUUGAAGUCUGCUGUGGAUCAGGAGAUCCACCUUACAAUUUCAGCAUUUUCGCCACAUGCGGCACGCCUAAUGCCACGGUUUGCACAAGCCCUUCCCAACACAUUAACUGGGAUGGUGUUCAUCUCACAGAAGCCAUGUAUAAGGCUGUUUCUGAAAUGUUUCUUCAAGGAAACUUCACCCAACCUCCUUUUAAUUUUUUGUUGGAAAGAAAACAGAGUCAGGGGUGAAUGGUUCACCCAAGAAGAAUCAUGUUAGGAGUUUGCUUGUUCUUAUGGCGUUUAUGCGUUUGCUAGCGUAACUACUUGUGAGAGAAUCAUAUUUUAUCUUUUUACUAGAACUCGUUGUAUUUGUUUCAUUUCCCAAUUCCCAUAGCUAUAUCUUAAACUAGAGAGAUUCUCAGAAAGAAAGUCAGAUUGGUGAAAAAUGAAGAAUCCUAAACAUAUAUUUUUAGUGCA